AUGAGGUUACAACUGCUAAUCUUCGUGCUGUUUGCCAAUCUUGUCAUCUCGAGAAAGCAUUAUAAGGGCCGAAAGUACGAUCUGACGUUGUUCGUUCGCAAUCACAACGUCUCCGAUGCCACGUUCUUCCGGCUCGUCGGCGUCGACAACACGGCCGACUUCAACGUGUCCGCUGGCAACACUUUCGAGCACACUUUCGAGGUACAAACCAACGCCCUCAUCUCUCGUUCAAUCCCUUUUUUUUCAGGUGAGACGGAAGGGUUUCUGGACUUUGUUCGUCGAGUUUCCAGGGGAUCGUUACGCAAAGUCUCCCAGAAAGGUCAGUGCCAUCUGAAUAAUUCCUAUCAAUGCUAAACAUUUUUCAGAUAAUUUCGCGUGAUUCGUACCGCAAGUGGGUGAUGGAAGUGUAUUAUUAUCCGGGCGCCGUCGGCUUCUCCGAGUGGCACAAGCUGUCGCGCCGCGGCGAAAUGCACGUUCACGGAUGA